CCGCGCGCACAGUCUCCGCUAAACCUAGAAAUAAAACACACGCACUCUCUCUCGCUCUCCCUCUCCCUCUCUCUCUCUCUCAUUCAACAGACGCUCCGUUUCCAGCUCCAGGAAUAAAGCUUCACACACGUUUGGACUCUUUUGUCUCGCUUUGAUUUGAUGUGCCCCUCUCUGUGAAGGUUUAAGGAGUGUAAUAUGAUGUUCAUGUCUGGUUUGGGAUUAUUCAGCGUCGCUCUGAUGCUCUUUGUCCAGCAGUCAGCCGGCGCAUCUGCCAGCAGAAACCCGCGAGAUGUGGAUGAGUGCGCCGAAGCCCUGGACAGCUGCAGUAUGGAUGCCAUCUGUCAGAACACCCUCAAGUCAUACAAAUGCAUCUGCAAAUCAGGAUAUAAAGGCGAUGGGAAGCACUGUGAAGAUAUCGAUGAGUGUGCCAGUGAAUAUAAUGGAGGAUGUGUUCACGAGUGCAUCAACAUCCCGGGAAACUACAGAUGCACGUGCUACGACGGCUUUCGUUUGGCCCACGAUGGACACAACUGCCUGGAUGUUGACGAGUGUGCGGAGGGAAACGGCGGAUGCCAGCAGAUCUGUGUUAACACGAUGGGGAGCUACGAGUGUCGGUGCCGCGACGGCUUUCUUCUGUCUGACAACCAGCACACCUGCAUUCAGAGACCCAAAGUGCGUUUUAAUGGAACUAAAGACGUGCCCACCUGCAUGGAUAAAAAUCACGGCUGUGCCCACAUUUGCAGAGAGACGCCCAAAGGAAGCAUCGCCUGUGAGUGCAGACCUGGAUUUCAGCUCACCAAGAACAGCCGUGACUGUAAAUUGACGUGUAACUAUGGUAACGGCGGCUGUCAGCACAUCUGUGAGGAGAUGGACCACGGGCCCAGAUGUUCAUGUCACAUGAAGUUUGCGCUUCACUCUGAUGGGAAGAGCUGUGUAGAGGAAAGAAGUACUCCACAUCAGCCACUGCAGCCAGAGCUGUUACCCAAUGAGACGUGUGCAGUUAAUAACGGAGGCUGUGACAGCACCUGUCAUGACGCCGUGUCUGGAGUUCGCUGCAGCUGUCCGGUGGGAUUCUCUCUUCAGACGGACCGCAAGACCUGCAAAGACAUUGAUGAGUGCCGCAUGAACAACGGCGGCUGUGAUCAUGUGUGCAGAAACACAGUUGGCAGCUUCGAAUGCAGCUGCAAGAAAGGAUACAAACUUCUGACCAACGAGAGGACAUGCCAAGAUAUAGACGAGUGCUCUUUCGACCGGGCGUGUGACCACACAUGCGUGAACUCACCUGGAAGUUUCCAGUGCUACUGCCACAAAGGUCACGUCCUCUACGGUGUGGCUCACUGUGGAGACAUUGAUGAGUGCAGCAUUAAUCGGGGCGGCUGUAAAUUCGGAUGUGUGAACACUCGGGGCAGUUAUGAGUGUACCUGUCCUCCUGGUUACAAACUGCACUGGAACAAGAAGGAUUGCAUUGAGAUUGUGAAGUGCACGUCCACUCUUUUGGCUCCCAAAGCCACCCUCACUUGCAGUAAGACGGGGAAGAAAGAGAGCUGCUCUCUCACUUGUGCAUCCAAAGCACAUUACCUAUCAGAAUCAGACAACAGUUAUUCUGUCAGCUGUGGAAUCCCAGUCCUUCGAGGGAAAUCUCAGAGCAGAUUAAACACAAGCAGCAUCCAGAGCUGCAUAGAGACUCAGACUCCUCCAGUGAAGCAGACGGUGUCCUUCCGGAUCAAAAACGCCAAGUGCAACCUGCACCCGAAGCACAAAGGGAGGGCAGAGGACAACGGCAGACAGAUCGGGCCAGGUGGACAAGCGUGCAACAACUGCCUGGUCACAUUCGUUAACCUGAAGUGCGACUCGUCUAAGAAGGCCAAAGGUCGUCGGGCACGUAACCCGUCAAGCAAAGAAAUCACGCGCAUCACUCUGGAGCUGGAGGCUGAGGUCAAGCCAGGAGACGCCACUGGGAACUGUAACGUGAUGUGUCAAAGGCAGCGAAUGGAGCAGCAGAUGAAGUCAUACAUUAAAGCCCUGAAGAAAUCCAUUAACCAGGAGCGCUUCCUCAUCCGUGUGGCUGGACUGGAGUACGAGGUGGCACAGAAGCUAAGACAAACUGCACCGAGGCAGGAGAACUGUGGACCGGGUCGAGAAAAAGACAGCGGCCGCUGUGUCAGAUGUUUGCCAGGGUCGUACUACCACGGUGAGCAGGAACGCUGUGUCCAGUGUCCACCUGGAACAUUUCAAGAACGUGAAGGUCAGCUGGCCUGUGACCUUUGUCCUGGAGGAGACCGCCAUGGCCCUCUAGGGGCCCGCAACAUCACGUCAUGUGCAGGUCAAUGUCCACCAGGUUAUUUCUCCAGUGACGGGUUCAAGCCCUGUCAGCCGUGUCCUCUGGGAACAUACCAACCCGACCCAGGACGAACUCUCUGUUUCCCCUGUGGAGGUGGGCUUGGGACCAAAAGAGAGGGUGCCAGCUCCUUUAAUGACUGUGAGGUCAAAGUGUUGUGUUCUCCAGGUCACUAUUAUAACACCUCGGUUCAUCGUUGCAUCCGCUGUCCUCAUGGAAGCUACCAGGCUGAGUUCAGACAGAACUACUGCAUCUCCUGUCCAGGAAACACCACCACAGACUUCGACGGGGCCAUCAGUGUGUCUCAGUGCAAGAAUCGGGAAUGUGGGGGUGAAAUAGGCGAGUUCAUCGGAUACAUCGAGUCUCCCAACUAUCCAGGAAACUACCCGGCCAACGUCGAGUGUAUCUGGACGAUCAACCCUCCACACAAACGCAAGAUUCUCAUCGUAGUUCCAGAGAUCUUCCUCCCAUCUGAGGAUGACUGUGGAGAUGUUUUAGUAAUGAGGAAGAACGGCUCAGCGACCUCUAUCACCACCUAUGAAACAUGUCAGACGUAUGAGAGACCGAUCGCUUUUACCUCCCGAUCGCGCCGCCUCUGGAUCAACUUCAAAUCCAAUGAUGUAAACAGUGCUCGCGGAUUCCAGAUUCCAUACGUCACGUACGAUGAAGACUAUGAACAGCUGGUUGAAGACAUUGUAAGAGAUGGAAGACUUUAUUCCUCUGAAAACCAUCAAGAAAUGCUCAAGGACAAAAAACUGAUUAAAACUCUGUUCGAUGUUCUGGCUCACCCAAACAAUUACUACAAGUACUCAACUCGGGACUCCACAGAGAUGCUCCCGCGCUCAUUCAUACGCCUCAUCCACAGCAAAGUCUCUGCUUUCCUGCGUCCGUAUAAAUAAUCAAAAGCUCUGUCCAUCUCCAGUCACCUGGCCUCGAGUCAAAGGGAUCCUACACACAUUUAAAGGAAAUACACAUUUUCAAUGGCACACACACACACACAAUCACACUAUGCAGAUGUUUCACUUUACCUUUUUCUUUCCUUUUUCUCAUCAGUCAUCUCCGAAGGGAACAAAGCUUCCGUGUUGUCCGCAUGUAAUGCAGUCGUAUCAAGCCAAACUGAAGUGUUUCCUUUCUCUUCAUUCUGUGCUGUGUCUAUGUUUUUUGUCCGAGGUUUGGGUGGUUCCCACGCCCCCCGUUAAGAGCGACGUGUGAGUUUAAACACGCCUGAUUGUGUUGUACAGACAAAAGUAAGUCAUAGCAUGUCAAAGAAAAGAAAAUCUAUUUGUCGAACUGGAGCUAGCUGUGAUCGUGCUUUUUUCUCAAGUUCCAGCUCUCGUAAACUCGUAGUUCUCAAAAUAAAUGUACAAUCUUUCGUAUAUCUGUAUUUUUAGUGUGCUCUUGAUAAGAUCGAAUUCAUAUCCAGCAUUCCACAAUGUUAAAGCAUUUUAUUUGAGCUCUUAGAGCAUACAUGUAAUCUAUGAACCAUGCUGUUAAUACAGUAAUGUUUUAUUAAGGUCUGCCUGUUCGGAUUGUAUUAUUGUCAACCGCAUAUUCAUCUAUUUCCUUAUAUUCAAAUUAAUUUAACAAGGCAUUAGAGAUAUUUGGGUUAUUAGAAAGGCUGGGCUGAUGGGGUGGAACAGUGGACUGUUAACACUCAGUUCUGUGAGUUUUUGUGGUUUUUUGUUAGAUUUUUUGCAGAACAUGCAAUUGCUGCUUCUUCAGAAACGUCACUUUAAGCCUUUGGUUUUUUACCUAAUGCGAUUAAAAAAAAAACCCUAUAGAAGAGCAGUCAAGAGGACGAAAUCUUUCACAGGUUGGAAGUAAUGUUUUCAUAAUGCAGACACGAAUCACUGAUAAACGUAAGCCACAGGUUGACGUGGAUGGACUUGAGUUUUAAAAAAUGGCAUCGCUCCAGAUUUCAGGAUGAAAUGACGUUGAUGUGAACGAUGAAGUGUUUCGAGUUUGUUUUGCACAUUACAUGAGGACCCAAAGAGAAGCAGCAUUCGGGUCACAGGUUUUGGGUUUCGAAGGACCGCGGUGAGACGUGCCUGAAACACAAAAGUGUCAGGAUAAACCUGUGGAUGUCGACAUUUAUGAGAGUUUCCUGUAUUAAUUAUGAACCCGUUAGUAUUCCUCACGAAUGUGUUUACAGGUUAAGCCCUUCACAUAAAGUGAGAAAAGAACAAAUCUUUGAGAAGGAGAAACCAUACACAGUUUUGAUAUAUUAACAGAAAAGGACUGGUCGAAACGGUAGUUUGUGCUUCUCUUUUUUUUGUAUAUUGUAAAUAUGAAAUAAAUGUAGACUAAUUGGAGUCUGAGAGUUAAGUCCAAACAAGUAGUUUUCCUGACCUCACCGUUGUGCUAUCCUCCAGGACAAAGGCUGACACAAAUAUUUAAUCAUUAAUCCCAGGUUCAUCCAUGCAAACACUUGGCUAAAGCACAUGGUCCUGUUGUAUAUAAACAUGCAUUCUUGCAUUGCUAUGGUGAAUGGGGGCUAUAAUUACAUCAGCUUUAACUUGCUUAACCAGAUUCUCUUUGCCAUCUCUGCAACACAGCUCAAAAACAAACACACAUUUUACAUUAAAAGGAGAUAGUUGUCCCACCUCUUUGUUUUAAGUAAUGGACAUAUGAUAAAUCCCUGGAGAAUAUAUCAUUAUAUCCAGAACUAAAGAGAGUGGAAUGUGUGAGAUGUUUGCAAAGGUUACUUCAUGAAGCAGUUAUUUACAUUUGAGGUGUUUUGUACAGUUGUCAUCGAUUACAAGGGUCACUAAUGUAAUUGUUUAAAUGUAUAAACAUAGUAACAUAGAAACAAAACAAAAAAGAGAGAGAGAAAUAACCCAAGAAGAUGUCAAAUGUCAGUAUUGCCCCACUCAAGAAACCAAACUCAAGUUCAAGUCAGCAUCUGCUACUAAACAUGUCCGAUAUCUCCAUGAAGAAAAGACAUGGGUCAUAUGUGAAAUAGCCACAAUUGCAAUGAAAUUAUACGUUUGUAGCAAAGUAGUCGAUGUUUUGGUGAAUGUUCACUUAAAGAAAAGGAGUAUUAGCUCUAAAUGUCAUUGGCAGUCUGUGAUUGCUGCUUUAUUUUUAUCAUUUCCCCUUCGUCUUUGCUCUACCAAACCCAUCUUUAAAGCAAAAUGUUUUGAUGUUGCUGUUUUCUUUUUCAAAAUUACUCAAUAUUUCAUGGAAUGGGAAAUGGUAUUUGCACUUGAAAUUUGUUUAUGCUCAUGUACAAAUGUCUGGAUUUUGUAUUGUCUUUUUAAAUGAAAAUAAAUAAAUAAAUUGGUGUUCUUAAA